UCCCAAAAAACAAGGAAUGAAAUCCCUAUUAAAGCCAUCCUCCUUUCACAUCCUCCAACCAAAAAAAAAAAAAAAAAAAAACAAUUAAAAAAAAGAAAAGCAAAGAGCACAAACAGAAAAUAAAUAAAAUGGCAAAAUCAUGCGCUACCAUCAUUGUUUCUGCCCUUUGCUUUCUGGCCUUCCUCGACGUUGCCCUCUGCAGCAAAGAUCGCUUCUUCAUCGAGGGAAAGGUUUAUUGUGACACUUGCCGCAUCCAAUUCUUCACCCGCAUCAGCAAAUUCUUGGAAGGCGCUAAGGUGAAAUUGGUAUGCCGGGAUGAGGCCAAUGCUGCAAAUAAGACAUUUACAGGGGAGGCGGUGACGGACAAGACCGGAGAAUACAGAAUAGAGGUGGACGGAGACCAUGAGGAGGAGAUUUGUGAAGUGUCAUUGAUGGAGAGUGCCGAUAAGGAGUGCAGUGAGAUUCCUACCGAUGGAUAUGGUCAUUUUGCCAGAAUCAGCAUUACUGGUAACGAUGGCAUUACAGAUCCUGUUCGUCAAGCCAAUCCACUUGGCUUCAUGGUGAAGAAUGCUCUUCCACAGUGCAAGGAGGUUCUUCGUGAGCUUGGCUUUGAUGACGUUGGUCUUCUCGUUUAAUUUCAACUAUUAAGAUGUAUUUCUCAUUUGUUAUGUUUAUAUUUAUUAAAUAGUUUGUUACAAAGUGGUUUAAGUCCACAUGCUGUUGGCUAUUUAUUUGCCCAACUUUGAUUAAUAAGAAUCGAGCA